CUGUCAAAGUCUUCUAAUUUAACUUUAUUUCAAUGAUGGGUUGAUUUCAUGACGUGCUACAAGAAGCGAGAUAGCAAUGUUCUGUGACGCGAAUCUACGUCCGGGGCGAAGGUGAGGAGAUAAUUUUUCGCGGUAGAUCAGACUAAACCUUUUUGAGAGGGAUAUUUCCGAGACGCAAAAGCACAUGAAGAGCUUCAAUUGUGAUUUCACGAACGAGGACAGAACGAUACCCAUGGCGAACAGCGGCCACGGGAUCGCCGUUAACGGUGUAGGAGCUCCUGGUACGGGCACCCUGUCGAGGGAGGAGAGACGCAGGCGAAGAAGAGCCACCCAAAAGUAUCGAACCGCACACGCUACACGGGAAAGAGUCAGAGUGGAGGCGUUCAAUUUGGCGUUUGCGGAAUUGCGAAAGCUGCUGCCGACGUUGCCGCCGGACAAGAAGCUCUCGAAAAUCGAAAUUCUUCGGUUGGCAAUCUGCUAUAUCGCUUACCUGAAUCACGUACUCCAAGCUUGAACUCGCAUACUCCGAUGAGCAGAGAUAGAAGGCUUAGAAAACUGCAACGUUUUCUUCAUUAUCAUCACGUGCUGGCCGGAACGCGGACCGACCGUUUUUCUAAAAUUUUAAGAAACGUUAUAUUUGUACAGAUAAUUUUUUAAAUAAUCUCCUCUCGGGGGAGACCAAUUAUUUUUUUCAUUUUCGAUUUCUGGCUGGAUCCUCAAAAUGCCCGAUCGAUUGACACAUUUAAAAACGAUAAACGAAGGAACAUGUCAUUGUUUGAUACAUUCAACAAUCGUUGAAGAUACAACCGUUGUCGAUUGUGAAUUGCAUUAACUGUGCAGAGUCACAUCGUUUAUCGGGCGACGUACUCGUCAAUAUUCUCGAAUCUAUCCGAUUCCGGCGGAUUAGUAGGCCACCUCGGGACAAUGGAGGGGCUUCCCAUGGGACCGCUAUCCCUUCACGUACCUUCAAAUUCUCCUACUACCCUCGACAGUCAUCGUCCGGCCGCGUAUCCGAUCGUUGUCGAUUAUACGGCGUACGAGCUUAAGUGAAAAAGAAUGGAAUUGCCGACGAGAAGGCCAACUUCACGGAUCGUCGCCUUGCGCCACUCUCGUUUCCCGGGUUCUCUGCAAAUGCGAUUGUGCGAAUCGAGCCGCUCGGAGAUCCGCGUGAGAUUGAUUGUCCUUGCGAACUAAACUGGCUUCCCUGCGAAAAAGAAAGCGCAGAUGAAUUAGAACAGGAAGAAACUCAUUUUUGUCGAACUAAAUACCUAAUCUUCAAAAUGGUCUUAACAUUUUUUUUUAGCUAAAAUUAAGGCAAAAAACUGCGUACUUUUUUUUAUUUGACAAAUUAAAACUGAGACUUUUACUGCUUUAAUGCAAAUUUAUUUUGAAUGAGAGAAACAAAAUACAAUAUCCAAUGAAAAUGCAAUUUGUGACAUUUGAAGCAAAGAAUUUUUUAUUUGUUUUCAAAGAUCAAGAUGUAAUUAGCUAAGUCGUUUGGAUUGUUUCAUUUUGGCCAAAAUCAAUACUUCAUAGACAACGCUAACACACGAGUUCCUCUUUCAUCAAAUAUGUAAAGAGAUAUGCGGUAUAAAACGGACGAAUGGCAAUGACAAUGUUAAUACAGGUAAAUGAUCAUACAAAAAGGUUUAUCCUCACGUAUGUUCAUUUUGCGGACAAGCCAAUUAAGAGGCGAUCGAUAAAGCAAAUAUAUAUAUAUAUAUAGGUGAUUUGUUAAUUCGUUUGCCAUUUUAUUAAUUAUCUCUUAUAUAUAAUUAUCGGUUUUACAAAUAAAUGUCGACGAUAAUAAACGAAAAUUAUACUCUUCCCUCAAUAAUUUUAUAGUGUACCGCAAAAUAUUCUGUGCAAUGUGGAAUGUUAAUCCAAUACGCCCGCAAAGAGAUUUCACGACGUGUGAUUCUUUUCGUUCCUUCACAAAUUAAAACAGUUGAGCCGUUAUUAUCAUAAUCGUUCAAACGAAACAUACGUUUCCUAAAUAUUACAGAGAAAUUUGAUCCGCUGAGUACACGCGCACCGAAUGGCAUUGACGUUCUUGGUGUUCGGUACGCGCUGCAAUGUAUGUAAGUAUUUAAUUAGUAAUCGAUUAUGAGUUGUGACUGUACUACAUAUUCGAUAAGAAAUAAAUUACGAGG